AUGUUUGACAGAAAGGGGAAUCUUGCGAAACAUGCAUUGAGCAUCUGUCAGGCCAUGGAAUUCUUCUUAGGCUUGUUGAUCGUCAUCUGUGCUGGAGUGAACCACAGUAACUCGGGUCGGUAUCGGGAUAUCGCCAGCUUAGGCGGUUUGUACCAGUACUAUUACGGAGGAGCCAACGCAUUCACCGGAGCAGAGGCGCAGAAGGUCCAGCAGCUCGACGACCAGUUCUACCGGCUCAAACUGCCCCCUUACGUCUACAGCAUGGCGUGUGGCGGGGCGCUGAUGCUUUACGCUUGUGCCACGCUGGCCCUCGGAGUGUUUCGCUUGCCCUACCGUUUCCCUCCUCUGCUGCUGGCUGAAGCCCUGCUGGAUGUAAUCAUAGGUCUCGGUUUUAUUCCUACCAUCGCUUUCUAUUUCAUAAAGCUGCAGGAGAUCUACAACAACCCCAUCUGUAAAGAGAGGGAAGCCAUGUACAGCAGCAAAGGUCACAGAGGAUUCGAGUGCCAUCUCAACGGGGCAGACAUAGCUGGAGGCUUGUUUGGUGUUCUGGGGAUUAUCAUAUUCCCCCUAAGCGCCGUGUUGGCCAUCAGAGCUUUCAUAAGAGUGCAAAAGAUGAAGCAGAGGCCGACAGAAGACAACAACCUGUGAGGGUUACGCCAUUUCAUGAAGAGAUUCAAAUGUGGAAAGCACGGAAGGUCCUACACAAGUGUAAAUGCUUUGGUUAGUAUUUUUACAGUAUCAGAAGGAUAUAUAUUUUUAUAUUUUUUUAUGCCUUUGCUUUCUCUUAAGAGUUUUUAUGGACUUUUUUUUUUUUUAAACUUUUUUUCAUAUAUUCUUCACAAACAUGCAUCCGAUUUGAUUCAUCAAUUAAAAAGAAACACACAAU